UUAUUAUUCACGCUUACGGUAUAAAGCGUGAAUAAUAAUUUCAAUUAAAAAAAGACUAUUUCUCGUGUACUAAGUAAUGCGAAAAUGCGAAGUGGUUGGCUUGUUUUAUUUUUAGUAUCUAUAAUUGAAUGUGAUAGACAUGAAAAAAGGUUCCUAUACUUUGCUUAUGGUAGUAACUUGCUGAAAUCAAGGUUACAAAUAAAUGCGCCGUCCGCUGUUUUUAUAACUCCUGCCAGAUUACCGGGAUACAGGUUGGAUUUCGAUAACUAUAAUCCAAAAUGGCGGGGUGCGCCAGCAACCAUUGCUGCAGAUCCUAAGGGUGAGGUUUGGGGUGCACUGUGGGCUCUGAACUAUAGCGAAAUGGCUGCACUCGAUAAACAAGAAGGUCUGAAGGACGGCUUGUACGAAGCGAUAGACAUCAAAGUAUUAAAUAUCGAAAAUCAUGUAAUAACAGCUAGGUCAUAUAAAAUGACUAGUGAUCCACCAAAAGUGCGCCCCGAAGUAUUACCUCUACAAAGAAGACCCAGCAACACGUAUAUACAGGUAAUAGCUUUAGGAGCUUACCAAUGUGGGAUACCAUCUUACUAUAUAGAGUUCACCUAUAGAUUCCCAGCAAAUGGUCGAAAUGCUACUGACAAACUCAGCCAGGAGCUCGGUUAUCCCUUCAAUAGAAAUAUACGAAUCAGUUGAAAGAA